CGCCCUAUGCCUGUACCUUGAAUUAUCUUCUUUCCGCUUUUGCUGUCCUUGUCCUCGCCCGUGAGCCCCAUAAAAUGCUUAGUGCUGCCAUCCAUCGCUCUAGCUCGCAAAUCGCGCAUGGGCCCAUAGUCUCCGUCACUGAAGCCUGCCUCGACCUGUAGUCUGGCCAGGCAGAUCAGCUUCUUCUUUCGUUCUUUCUUCUUCUUUUUCUCCGACUCUCGUACUUCUCUCCUCGCCUCUCUUUUGUUGAACCAUGCUUUGGCAAGCAGCAGCGCGAGCCAGGCACACUGUCUCGCCUUUGCUCAGGCGAGCAGGCACUCGGGCACGAAGCGGAGCCGACCGAACCUUCACAUCCCACGCCAACCAACGACCCUUCUGGAACUCUGGGCGAGCCUUGCUCUUCUCUGCCGUCACUGGCACAACCACCUACUUUUAUGGUGCCAAUGACGAACCCCACCGCAUCCAAAUGCCAUGGCUCAAGUCCACUGGUCCUCAGUAUGCAAACAAGCACGAGAUGGAAAAGGCCAUCACGGAGCUGAGAGAAUUGCUGGGAGAGGAAGUAAUCAGCACCGACGAUGAAGAUUUACACAGACACGGCUACUCGGAAUGGUCCUCCAUCAACAUUGACCAGCUCCCGGUCGCCGUGGCAUACCCAAAGUCGACUGAAGAGUGCUCCGCCAUUGCCAAAAUCUGCUUCAAGUACAGGAUACCAAUGAUUCCCUACUCUGGUGGAUCAAGCUUGGAGGCAAACUUCUCGGCUCCCUUUGGCGGCAUGAGCAUCGACUUUGCCUUUAUGGAUCGAAUCAUUGCCUUGCACGAGGAUGACAUGGACGUUGUCGUCCAGCCUUCUGUGCCCUGGAUGAGUCUCAACGAUCAGAUCAAAGAGUCUGGUCUUUUUUUUCCUGUUGACCCCGGCCCUUCGGCCAGAAUUGGAGGCAUGGUAGGCACGAGCUGCAGCGGAACUAACGCCGUGCGAUACGGCACCAUGAAGGAUUGGGUUAUCAACCUGACCGUGGUACUGGCUGACGGCACCGUCAUCAAGACCAGACAGCGGCCCCGAAAAUCGUCUGCUGGCUACAACUUGACAAACCUCUUUAUUGGGUCCGAAGGUACCCUCGGCAUCGUCACAGAGGUGACCCUCAAGCUAGCCGUCAUACCCCAAGAGACGAGUGUUGCAGUCGUGACCUUUCCUACAAUUCGCGAUGCUGCAGCUGCAGCCUCUAAAGUGCUGCGGGCCGGGGUCCCUGUAGCCGCCAUGGAGAUCAUGGAUGACGUGCAAAUGGGUGUCAUCAACAAAGCGGGUGCGACUACAAAAAAAUGGAAGGAAUUGCCGACCAUGUUCUUCAAGUUCUCGGGAACAAAAGCAGGGGUACAGGAAAACAUUGAGCUGGUAAAGGCUAUUGCAAGAGCCAAUAAGAGCGGUGAUUUUGAAUUUGCCGUGGAUGCCGAGGAGCAGAAAACUCUUUGGUCAGCUCGCAAAGAGUCACUUUGGAGCAUGAUGGCACUCCGUCGCGAAGGUGACGAGGUUUGGUCGACAGAUGUCGCAGUCCCCAUUUCCCGGCUCCCAGACAUUAUAGAAAUCUCCAAGAAGGAGAUGGACGACCUUGGCCUUUUCGCAAGCAUCCUUGGUCACAUCGGAGAUGGAAACUUUCACGAAAGCAUCAUGUACAACAGUAAAGACCCUAAAGAGCGAGCUGCCGUUGAAAAAUGUGUUCAUGACAUGGUCGACCGAGCGCUCGAGAUGGAGGGUACUUGCACCGGCGAGCACGGCAUCGGACUCGGAAAAAAGGCAUCGCUGCAAAAAGAGCUCGGUGUUGAUACCAUCAACGUAAUGAGGUGCAUCAAAGGCGCCUUGGACCCUUACUGGCUCAUGAACCCGGGUAAAAUCAUGGAUGCUCAGGCAUAGCUAGUACCGCCACCACUUUGCUUCUUUUUCUUUUUUUCGUUCAAAAGCCGAUAUUAUGCAUUGGGAGGGAUGUCUGACCAUCUGCACUGCAUCUGCUGGGGGAAUGCAUAGAUCUCAGCCAUUGAUCUUCUUUUUUUUCUUUAAAAAAAGUUCUUAGUAGUAAUGAAAAGUUUACACUCCGCAGUUUUGGGGGAAAGU